UCACACUUCAUUUUGGUCACAUAUGUUAAAAUGACAUUGUAAAAUAAAGUGUUACCAAAUAUUAAAUGAAGUUACAAAAAAUACAAUUAUAAAAGGUUCAUCAUAAUAAGCCGCUUAUCCUCAGGUGACCAGGAGCAUAAACACUUAUUUAUAAAUAAUGUACUACACCCUUACAUUUAUUUAAAAUAGUUUUGUUGUAUGAUUAGUUACCCUUGUGGGGAAAAAACAUGAAUAACACAAUAUUAUUAUUAGUUCCUGAUAUCAGACACUUAAGCAUGAAAAUGCUCAAAGAUUUCUUUGAAGUAAAGGUUAUCUUAAUUAUGCUCAGAUGUUUUUAAGUAAUAUACACAUUAUAUUCCAACUGUAGCAUGGAUCAAAAGCUUUUUUCUUCUUAAGCUAUUUCUUUCAUUAAGUCAGUUCAUGGUCCAUUGAUGUUGCCUGGCAGGAUAUAACUUGGACACUCACUACGAUUUAUAAUAGUUUUGUAGCAGGAUGUUUUAACCUCCUUUCUGCUAGCUAGAUAAUUAUUUAAAUUAACUGCCAUCUUACACUCAAAGCAAGUUUGCUAAGUAUAUAUUGUCUUUUGAAUAGUAGUUGCUGGAGUGCUCAAGGCCUUGUGUAAUUGCUCAGUUCCUGCUAAAUUUGUGGUAAUCAUGGCUAUCAGGGAAAUGGGCUUUUUUUUUUUUUUUUUUAACAAAUCAGGUGCAGAGUUUCUGUUAUGCUCCUCUGUCCCACUUGGUGUCAGAAUUGUGUGUUGUUAUUUUACUGCCUUGCUAUUAGACUUUUUUUUUUCUCUCUUGUAGUAAUGGCAGGUCUAGAACGCCUGUGAGAAGCUCUCUUAAAAGUGAUCUAUUCACUUCGUUCCACUACACCAGGGUUUCUCAAUUAGGGGGCCGGAGCCCACUAUUUGAGUGUCUUAGAAAACUUCUAAGGGGACUGCAAGAUUAUUUAAAAGGAUAGUUCACUUAACAUUAAAAAUUCUGUCAUCAUUUGUCAACACCGCCAACCAAACAGAUGACAGUAGCCAUAGUAAGAAAAAAUGCUAAGGUAGUCAAUGGCUACCGUCAACUAUUUAAAAAAAAUCUCUUACAGGUUUGGAACAAGUGGAGGGUGAGUAAAUGAUGUUUUCAUUUUUGGAUGAACUAUGCCUUUAAAAUAAUAUAAUAAUAAUAAUAAUAUAUAUGCUAAAAAAAAUACAACUCCCAAAUAACUUACAGUUCACAAUAUGGAUUGUGGUUAAUUGAUAUUUAAACACUAGCCAUUUCAGUUCUUCAAAUAUUGUGUUGGACAGUGGAGGGGCCUUUAAGUUAAAGUGUUUUCUCUCUCUCUCAAAAGUACCUUUUAUGAAAUGGUCAUUGGCUCUGCGUUUUGCGAAACCACUCAUGUUCUAUGAUCCCAUCUAAAAUGUGCAUCUUGAAAACAUUGGGCAGGCACCAAUUUCAAAUAUACCAGCACACCGUCUGACACAAAGUGAUGUUGACAUGCAGACAGCUUCUAAAAAAUAUUUGGCAAAGUCCAUGUGACAUUCAGUCUGUUUUUGUCAUAUGUUGACAUCAGUGUAUGAAGGACUGCCCUCUGUGUAGGGCUAUAGUCCUGCCUCUGUAUAAACCAGGGUGAAAUCUUGGAAAAGAAUGCAUGAAGGCAGAGGGCAAAUAUCAAUUUUAACUAUGAAUGCCAGCAGAUGCUCAGACCCCAAACACAUGCUCACACUUCGGUCAUGCUUCUGUAUGCAUAUAUGCAAGAGGUUUUUAGGUUUGAAAAUGAAUAAUAAUUCAUAAUAAUUAUGGUGUCUAGUCCACCACAGUAAAUUCAUUAGUUUCAAGAUGGUGGGGAAACAAUAAGUUUGGAUGUCACUAAAUUACAUGGGAUUCCACAUUCUUGUACUAACUUUGGGCUUUCUAAACGGAAGACCUCAGUCAGUCCGAGUCGGCCACAACACCUCGAGCACUACCACACUGAGCACAGGUGCCCCACAAGGCUGUGUGCUCAGCACUGCCAAGUUUAGCUCCAACCACAUCAUCAAGUUCGCUGAUGACACAACAGUGGUAGGUCUCAUCAGCAACAACGAUGAAACGCACUACAGAGAGGAAGUGGCACAGCUGGCGAAAUGGUGUGGCACUAACAACCUGUCCCUCAAUGUGAGUAAGACAAAGGAGGUUGUGAUGGAGAGAGUCAGCAGCACUAAAUUCCUGGGGGUGCACAUCACAGAGGAUCUCACCUGGACCACCAACACCAUGUCACUCUCCAAGAAGGCACAACAGCGCCUACACUUCCUCCGCCGGCUGAAAAGAGCAAGUCUCCCUCCACCCAUCCUCACCACUUUCUACAGGGGCACCACUGAGAGUGUACAGACCAGCUGCAUCACUGUCUGGUACGGGAACUGUACAGCAGCAGACCACAAGACCCUCCAGCGGACAGUGAACACAGCUGCAAAGAUCAUCGGUGCCCCUCUCCCCUCCAUCCUGGACAUUUUCCUUACACGAUGCUCCAGCAAAGCCAAUAGUAUCGUGAAGGACUCCACCCAUCCCUCCACAGUCUCUUCCAGCUCCUAUACCAUCAGGAAGACGUGUAUGAAGGACUGCCCUCUGUGUAGGGCUAUAGUCCUGCCUCUGUAUAAACCAGGGUGA